ACUGGAAGAGAGCGCGAGCCUGAGGAGGAAGGAGCGCGGCGUGCGCGCAGGCCCAGAACCGCCGAGCCUUGGCUGCCGGCAACGCCCCAGAGCGGAAGAGGGAAGUGGAGGCGUCAGGCUGUGGGUUCCUAGCAGGGUGGGCUUGCUGAAGUAGAGGCAGCGCCGAGAGGAGGCCUUUGCCACCGGUCCGGAUCGCGAUGUCGAAGAACACGGUGUCGUCGGCCCGGUUCCGGAAGGUGGACGUGGAUGAGUACGACGAGAACAAGUUCGUGGACGAGGAAGACGGGGGCGAUGGGCAGGCCGGGCCCGACGAGGGCGAGGUGGACUCCUGCCUGCGGCAAGGAAACAUGACGGCUGCCCUACAGGCAGCUCUGAAAAACCCCCCUAUCAACACCAAGAGUCAGGCGGUGAAGGAUCGAGCAGGCAGCAUUGUCUUGAAGGUGCUCAUCUCUUUUAAAGCUAAUGAUAUUGAAAAGGCAGUUCAAUCCCUGGACAAGAACGGUGUGGAUCUCCUAAUGAAGUAUAUUUAUAAAGGCUUUGAGAGCCCCUCUGACAACAGCAGUGCUGUGUUAUUGCAAUGGCAUGAAAAGGCACUUGCUGCCGGAGGAGUAGGGUCCAUUGUUCGAGUCUUGACUGCAAGGAAAACCGUGUAGUCCAGCAGGAACUGGAUAUCUCCUGCAGGUGUGGGAGUUGCGGGUACAAAGACCAAAACAACCAAAUGCCACCGCUGCCCUUUGGGUCGCAUCUAUUUCUCUCAGCUCUGCCUUCUUGCUUCCUUUUUCAUAUUUGUAAAGAAGAAAAUUACAUAUCAGUUUUCCUUUAAUGAAAAUUGGGAUAAUAUACCGGAAAUGUUUUAACAUGAGUGUUUUAUGCUCUCGAAACUAUUUCAGUGAUGUGUAUACCAAUCUAUAUAUAGUAUAAUUUACAUUCAAGUUUAAUUGUGCAAUUUUUAGCCCCUAUUGGCUGGUGUUUUUGUUUUUUGUUUUUGUUUUUGACUAAUAGAAAUUUGAUCAGAAUUUGAGGCCAGUUUCCUAACUCAGUGCUAGCCAGGAAAUGAUCUUUAUAAAAAAUUAUGUUUCAGAGACUGGCAGCUAUUAACAUUAUAAAACUGGACCAUACUUCUUUUAUUUAAGAAAAAUGUGUUUCUGGAACAAGUGGUGGGUGAACACCACCGCCAAGUUCCAGUUGUGUCUCUGCUUGCCUUCAGAUCAUGUGAGUUUAAGUAUGCUUCCUCCUCUCAGCAUCCAGUAAUCAUGGCCUCUUGAUUUCUUUGUGGUCACCCAGGGUCCAGAGCAAGGAGUCUUGCUCUACACAAAUGUAUCUAUUAAACACCAGAGCCCAUUUGGUGUGAGCAUACAACUUUUGUUCCAAUAAUAUGACCCUAUUUGGAGAAACUACUCCAAAUUAGAAAGGACAUGGAAACUAUGAUGUAGUUCAAACUCUGGGCAGCCUCUGAAUGAAAUGCUAUUUUCUUUAGAAAUAUAGUAGCUGCCUUAGACAUUAUGAGGUAUAUAACUAGUGUUUGAUAUGCCCUAUACAUGUCUUUAGUGUUCUUCAGGGUAGUUGGGAUCUCAAAAGAUUUGGUUCAGAUCCAAACACAAACACAUUCUGUAUUUUAGCUCAGUGUUUUUUCAAAAAAGAAAAUGCCACACAGCAAAAGGUGUUUACUUUGUUGGACUAACCAAAUCUCUUCUCAAAAAAUGACCGGUGCUUAUAAAAAGUUAGUAUUCAGUAGCUCCAAAACAAACCACCUGAAUGCAUAUGACCAAGAGAAAAAUCACCCUGUGUUUAGUAUUUACAGUGGACACCAGUUUCGUAAUCACUGACUUAUGUGAAAACUGGUGCAGAAAUUCUGUAAACUCUUGCUGUUUUUGAUAUCUGCUUUUUGUUUUGUUUUGUAAAAAUGAUAAAGUUCAGAAAAUAAAACGUCAGUGUUGAAUAAUUUA